AUUUCAUACUACCUUGCUCAUUUAGUCUACAAUUAGAAUCGUGUGUAUUAAUACGAAACGUUUUUCACGUCUGAUUAACAUUUUUAAAUAAUCAUUAAUAAUCAGGCAAUUAACAGAAGCAGCAAUAUGAUACUUUCACGGGUUUACAGAAGUAUUAUUAAUAUUGUUGAUAAACGCGUGCCUCAGUUUGCGAAACCUUUUUGGGAAUAUGAAGCGGGGCCCAAAACAAUAUUUUUUUGGGCACCAAUUUGUAAAUGGGGCUUAGUAAUUGCUGGAAUAAAGGAUCUUACAAGACCAGCAGAACUUUUAUCAGCAGAACAAGCCGCAGCUAUAGGAGUAACUGGUUAUAUUUAUUCACGAUUUUCAAUGGUUAUCAUUCCGAAAAAUUAUACAUUGCUGUCAGUUAAUGUUUUCGUAGCUAUUACACAGACUAUUCAACUUGCAAGAGCCCUAAAUUAUAAAUAUGAACAAGGAGAGCUUUUUAACAAAAACAGACGAGAAACAAAGAAAUGAAGAUAGAAGUGUUAAAAAAAUGAUAAAAUAAGUUAAAACUUAUCAUCUUGUAAUUUCAUAUCACAAGUGCUCAUGAAAAAUAUACAGUACAUAUUAUGACACAUAUAAAUUGUCUUAUACAAAAAGUUAAAUUAAGUUAUCAUCAAGAAAGUGAUUUUUAACAAACUUUUUUUUAACUUUCAGUGUUUCCCCCCUUGUUACAAAAUUUGUAUGGAAAAGCGAACGUAAUAAGUAAUCGACCCUUAAUUUAUAGCCAAGUUAUGAUGAAAACUUAAAAAAAAAAAUAAAUGACUUUAAUUGAAAUAGUAAUAAAUAUCUAGAAAGAUAAAGUUGAUAAAAACUAUAGAUAAAAUUUUGUAUGUAGACAUAUGCAUCAUGAAAUAGAGGGUAUUUGUAGGGUUCUGAAAGUUGAAGAAUAACUUUUUCUUUGCUCAUGGUGCUGAGGAAAAGAAACCAUAUUCACACAAAAUUUUCAAUUUUUGUGAAUAUAUUGUUUUUGGUUUUUCGGAAAAUCAGUUUUGUUUAACUUUCUGCUUCAGGCUUACGGAAUCAACCUAUAUACCUCAAACUCAAUAUUAAGACUUCUGGUUUUUUGUUUCUGAUAGAUAAUGGCAAUCGCAAGAACUGUAUUGUUUUUGGAGUCAUAAGAUGCUUCCAGUGAGGCACAAGAUGCAUAAACAUUUUUGUAUGUGAAAAGUUUAACCGAUUAUUACAUAACAUGUUUAUUUUUUGUUUACAACGGAAAUAUUUGUUGGUAGUAGUUUGAUAUUAAUAAAUACUUUAUAAAACAAACACGUUUGAACCCAAUAAAAAAGUUAUUUUUUUUUUCUACUUUUUAGUCAACGGGUAAAAACGUGGUUUUUUCAAAAAGUUUUUGUUAUAAAGCAUUUUAUUUUCUAUUUUUAAGUUUUAAAACAUUAUUUAAAGUAUCCAUCGAUCAGCAUAAGUUUGUAAACUAGAACUAAACCGUAGAAAGUCUUCAUCGAUCAGCUGUGCUAUCGCACAGCAUUAGUUUGUAAACUAGAAUUUUUCCAUUGAAAGUCGUAUAACGUGUUUUUUGUAAUUCAAACUUAUAACGGCUUUUCGAAAUUUAAAACUAUUGAAAGUUGUACACAUGUUAUGCAAAAAUAAGCUAAGCCUUAAAGAGGAGAAAAUUUAAUUUUACUAUAAUUAAGCAUUUUUAAGUUUCCAAAAUGCUUGAAUAUUUUAUUUUGUCAUCGAAAAGAUAAGUGCGUGCAAAAUUUCAGCUCGAUUGGAGCAGUAGAAGUGAUCGAAAAAUUGAUCGCAAGAUUUGACCUCGACAAACAGAUAUACAGAUAAGAAAGCAAGUUAAGAAAAACGUGGUAAUAAUAAUAAAUUAAGAAACGUGGUAAAAUGCUUGUGAAAGUAUGUGAAAAAAUGUUGGAACUAGCGAGUUCCUUCACAAGAUUCAGCUUACUGGAUCUAUGUUAUUGAAUGCAUACUUUACUUGUAUCAUAAUGGAAAUAUGUUUUUGGUUCCAGCAUUGAUUUUUUUCUUGCUGUAUACUUACUGGAUCUUGGUUCCAACGAUAGCACAACUUCAAUUUCAAUUUUAAUUUUAAUGACAAAUUAAGUUAUUUAACCAAUUUUUCACAAUGAUCUCUCAAUUUCAACAAAUUGUCAAUGCCCACUAAGAAAUUUUUCUUAUUUCUUAAUUAUAAAAAAAUUGAAAUUGAAAUUGUCAAAGCCCACUUAAAACUUUUCCUCAAAUUUUACUGGAUCAUGGUUUCAAGUUUCAGACAUGAUUUAAACUUUACUGAAUCAUGAUAAUUUGUUGCAGACAUGAUUAAACUUUACUGGAUCUUGGUUUUAAGUUUCAGAUAUGAUUAAAACUUUACUGGAUCAUGAUUUCAAAUUUCAGACAUGCUUAAAACUUUACUGGAUCAUUGUAAUUUGUUGCAGAUAUGAUUAAAACUUUACUGUAUCUUGGUUUUAAGUUUCAGACAUGAUUAAAACUUUACUGGAUCUUGAUUCCAAAUUUCAGACAUGAUUAAAACUUAACUGGAUCUUGGUUUAUUGUUUCAGAUAUGAUUAAAUCUUUUCUGGAUCUUGGUUUUAAGUUUCAGACAUGAUUGAAACUUUACUGGAUCUUGGUUCCAAGUUUCUGAUAUGCUUAAAACUUUACUGGAUCAUUGUAAUUUGUUGCAGACAUGAUUAAAACUUUAUUAGAUCUUGGUUUUAAGUUUCAGAUAUUAUUAAAACGUUACUGGAUCUUGGUUCCAAGUUUCAGAUAUGCUUAAAACUUUACUGGAUCAUUGUAAUUCGUUGUAGACACAAUUAAAAUUUCACAGACUCUUGGUUUUGAGUUCUAGACAUGGUUAAUUUGGGAUUUUUGGUCGAUAUAUUUAAAAAUCUAGUACGAUCUGAAACUUAUAUACCUACUGUAAUCUAUAAACAUUUGAACGAAACGGAGAAGAGUGUUGAGCGAAGCUCACAAAUUUUUACGUCCUGAACGGAGCGAAGCGAUGUGAAGGCGUGAAAAUUUUACCCGUUUUAAAAAUCUUAUAAUACUUAUGAGUAAAAAAAUCUCAGAUUUCAAUAGCACACAUGUUGCAAAACUAUCCAAGACUGUAACCUAUGUUGAAGUCUGAUUUACAUAAGAGACUGACUUCGGAGCAGCAACUGGAGCGAAGCGGAAGUUGCAAAACUAGUUAUGAUAUGACUUACUUCAAAUUGUGAGAACUUUUAACUGUGUUAUGCAUUUUUUUUUGUUGUUGAAGCUCUCUCGACUAUUUGAGAGCUUCCUUUUGGGUAAGAAAAUGUCAUAGUAAUCAAGAUUUAUCCCUCCUUAAAUCCUUAAUCGGUUUUUAUACUCAAGUAGUUGUUAAAUGUAAUUUAGUGUCAUUCACUUAAUGAAAAAAUAUUGCAAAGUAUAGAAAAAAGAAACUCUUUAACAAAUCUUCACAUCCAAAAAUUUUGCAGAUGCGGUAUCUGGACCAAUAUUUAUAUAGAGAAGAUUACUUAUUUGAAUGUCUAUGUGAGCUACGUGAUAAAAUGUAAAUUGCUAUGUUCAUGCUUCGAUGGUUCUCUAAACAAAUUAUCGUCAUUGUAUUUAUGGAUUUUAUUAUGUCCUCACAUAUUAAUGCCUUUCCUCUUUCUUCUAUAUGUAUAUUUAUAUCUUACACUUACUUGGUAUGCAUAUCUGGAAUAAGAAAGAAAAUGAAAAGUUCUUUGUCAUACAAAUAAGUUUUUGACCUAUUUUAUUCGAAUAUUUCUAACAAAGCAAUGUUCCUAAGGCUUUAGAUAACUUAUUUGGAAAUGAUAAAUUCCGUAAUUUAAGUAUUUCCAAUGUAAAGUUUUGUUCAAAGUUUGGAUUUAGUUUCUCGGUUUUAAAAUUAAUAUCUUAUAUCAGAGGAUAUCUGAAUGUAAUCCACAUUCAUACAAAAAGCAAAUUUAUGUUUAUGGCAACAGAUAAUUAAAAUUGUAAAGCAGUGUUAUACAAUUUUAUCUGUUGUAUGAAGUUAAUUUUAAAGUUUUGUGUGUAUGUGGCGUCGAAAUUCAGAGCUUGAAGGGACUCUGAACUUUUAAAAAUGAAAUAAUGAGGACAGUAUAAUUACACUAUCGUUAAAGCAAUUUUGUGCUUUUCAAGCGUAUUUCAAUCUACUCUUAGUUCAGAUUGUACAUGUAAAAAUUGGUAUAAAUCUUGAAAUGCAAUAAAACCAUUUUCCUAUUUCAGAAAACUGAAAAAGAAGGAAUGAAAAAUGCGAUUUUAAACCACAUGCAGAGAGUUACAAAACACACAAAAUUGAAGACUAUAAAAGCCAGAAAACUUUGAGUGCACUCAUACGAAAAAUUGCAACUAAGAGAAAGGUUUAGUAGUAGUGUUGAGCAACUAUUGCCUUAUGAGGCAUACAAUACUUAGCAUUAAAGCAGACUGCAGAUAUGACAUCACCAGCAUGACACAUUUGUUGAUUAUGCUUUGUGAGUUAAUGCUGCUGAUGACAAUCGAGAGGAAAGGGAAAAGAGUCUUUAAACUGUUGAAUUUUGCACCAGCAUAGUGUAGAAAGUCACAAGCUUUUAUAAAUGAUUGUUAAGGUUUAUGUUUUUGAGUGCUUUUAAAAAUGGAUUUUAUUAUGUUUUCGAACUCUUGCGAAUGAUGUAUAUGGGAAAUUAUUGGUCACAAAUAUAUCAUAUAACUUAAAGUAAAGCUGAAUAUAAUGGAAUAGUCUAGUUGGAAAAUAUGUGAUUAUUUAUGUUUCAUCAAAUGCUUGUCCAAUUGGAUAAUGCAAAUUAUAUUUAAAUAAAUAUGUUAAUAUUUUGUCUAGGGUUUAUCCUGUAAAUUCUAUUAAAAUGUAUAAACACCAUUUUCAUUUUGGCAUUCGUCUAUCGAUUAAAGCUAUAAAGCAUUCAUAUCAGAAGUCUUUGUUUUUUUUGCUCAUCCUCUUCCCUGAUUCUAUUUUUAUUCAUGGCCAUGUUAUAUAGAAAUCAGAGAAAUGAAAAUAUAUGCCGAGGAUGUGCUGUCAACCUCUGUCAUGUUUUUCGUGAACGUGAUGAUUUGCUAUCAAAAAUCUGAAAAUGAGGUUUUAUCACAACAAAAAAAUAGAAUAAUCUUUAAAAUUAAAUUUACUUGAAUUAGAAUUUUAAGGUUUCGAGGUUUUCGAUAUGAAAAAACCAGAGAUCGAAGCCAAUUUUUUCGGCUUAACUCAAAUUUUGAUUUUUUGAGCUCAGAAUUUCAAAUUAGCCGAUGAUGAAAUUCUGAGCUCACUAUAGCUACAUGCUGACAAAAUAUUACACAGAAUCAUAGUAAAGCAUGUAAAGUUCAAUUUAAAUACUUAAAAUGGGUGUAAAUUGGCUUUUUUCUAUCCUAAUUAUUAAAAUUAUUCUUUUGUGAGUACAUAUUAAUACGG